GUUUAUGAGCAAGGUCUUUUGCUCUAACAAAGCAUAAGGGAUAGUUUUUGGAGAGAAUAUGGAGGAUCAAAAGCAGACUAGUUUCACGUUUGAGAUAGAUAACUUCACCGAGAAGGAAAAUUUCAUACACUCUCCAAAUUUUUUAAGCGGUGGCUGUGAAUGGUUUGUUGAAGUAUAUCCCAAAGGACAUGGUAUUGAAGAUCACUUAGCUCUAUACCUUCAUGUUGCGAAUUCUGGAUCACUGCUACUUGGAUGGAAAAGGCGAGUUAAAUAUUCCUUUGUUCUGUUGAACCAAUCCUGCAAAGAAAUCCACAAAACAACUGAAUGGUGCAAUGUAUUCUGCUCACAGGCCACGGGAUGGGGAUUUGCAAAGGCCUUGACUCUUAAAACCCUUCAAGAAAAAGGGUUCAUGGAGAAGAACAAACUGAUAGUUAAAGUUCAAGUAAACGUACUUGAAGUUGUUGAUCAAGGAGAUGUAACUGGGAACGAGACUAUGGAUCUUAGUGGUUUCCAAGUUCUCUAUCGUCAGGCUUUUCAAGUGUCUUGGCUUUUCGUGAGGCACCCGGACAUUGCAUUGAAUUUCAAACCAAAGAGCCAACUGGUGAAGACAACAUAUUUGAAUCUCCUCCUCAAGCUCAUCGAGAAACUGGGCAAGCCUCCACAUAGCUUCUCCAAGACUGAUCUAAGCAACAUUCGCAGCGAGUUAAUCGAUCUAACAGAAGCAGGGUUCAAGCUAGACUGGUUGAAUAAAAAGCUUGAUGAUAUUUCCUUGGAGACAAAGAAAGAAGAUGCUAAUGGUACUCGAGUCCAAGAACUAGAGGAACACAUCAAGAAUCUGAAAGUUGAACUGAACAAGGAGAAGAUAAAGUCUGCUGAUAAAGUUUUGAUAUUGGAGAAAAAGGUCUCCGAACUCAAAAAUAAGCUGAUCAACGAGCCCAAUUCUGCUUCUUCUAAAGCUUCCUUCUUCAAGAGUGUGUUUUGGUCUUGGAAUAAGAGUGGAACUCGGCGUAGGUGAUCCGACUAUUAAUUAUCAGACUAAGAAACGUUUUAUUACUUUGUUUUUUUUUUGUUAAAGAACUCUAUGGUUAUGAAUUUUUUUUGGUGCUGAAAUU